GAUACAAUGCGACAUUUACGAAAAUAAUAGACAAGCGAAAUAUCGAACUAUCCCCGCCAAGUUGCUAAAAUUGAUCCUAUUAUAGCUCGUUAAUUUUUUAAAAACGUUCCCGGAGCUCCGCCGCAUCUCGCUGUUCGUGCAUACGCGAUAAUCCAAGAAUAGACAUUGUAUAGCGCACUAGCCGCUUUGCAGCAUGAAGUCAACGAACGAAAGAGAGGUGAUGGCAGGUCGAGGGUCCAGCGUGAGGAUAGACGAAUACCUGUGGCCCAACAGGUACCUCCUGGAAUUAUUUGGUACCUGGCCUACCGAUUAUGAUGGCCGUACUCUCGCGUCUCAAUUGUUCGUCAACUUUCGCGUCUGCUUCGUAUUUGUGGCUAUCACUGGCGUCCUUGUGCCUGAGAUACUCAUGAUAAUUGUAUACUGGGGCGAUCUCGACGUGCUGACAGGAGUCGGCUGCAUAGCGACGCCAGUCAGUUUGAUCCUCUUCAAAGUGGCUUAUAUGAUCAUUCGGCGAAAUCGUUUUCACGGAGUCUACUCGAAUCUCAGAAGACUCUGGCUCGCAAUCGACGACGCUGAGGAGUUUGAACCUUUGGAAGAGUUGGCACGGCUAGCGAAACGCGUGACCAUCGGUUUCUUCUUGUCAUGUUUCAGCAAUAACGUUAGCUUCACUACUGCGGCUGUAAUCGACUGGGUCAAUUACGACGAGACGCGGAACGAUUCUACGCCUCGACACCUGCCGUUCGAUGUCUGGUUCAGCUUCGACGUGGAAAGGUCACCGAAUUUCGAGAUAGCCUUUGGCUGUCAGGUGAUCUCCUCGCUCUAUUGCUGCACUGGCAUCGUCGGGAUUGACGCUACUAUGAUGACCUUUAUUCUGCACAUCUGUGGACACUUCAGAACCAUAGCUGCCAAAUGGCGGGCCAUCGGAAGCAAAAUUUUGGACAAUGAAAAGUACUCGAAGUCUGGUCAAGUGAUGCCAGUGAAGAAAGAUAUCAAUCAAAUACUCCGUCAACAUUCCGAGAUGCUGAGGAUCGCUGAAGAAGUGCGUCGUCUGCUAGCCCCGAUAAUCUUUAUGCAGUUGUUGACCAGCGGUCUGGGCAUCUGUUUGAGCGUGUACGCAGUCACGAUGAACGGCAGCAAAGGCGCCGACUUAUUUAAGUUUAUAGUCUUUUUCGUGUCGAUAUUUGUUGGGCUGAUCAUCUGGUGUUGGCCGGGCCAGCUCCUGAUGCAGGACAGCGCGGCUCUGGGCGACGUCGUCUGCUACGAGCUGCCGUGGCAUCUGCUCGGUGUCGCUGAACAACGUAAUCUUGCGUUUUUUAUCAUGAGAGCUCAGAAAGAGUGUCAGAUCACGGCACUGGGGUUUCAGGUCUUGUCGAUGAACAAGUUUACAGAGAUUUUCAAUUCGGCCGGUUCGUAUUUUGCUCUGUUGAGGACAAUUCACGAAAAGCAAUUGGAAGCUCAGUGAAAUGACGACAUACUGAGUAGUUGAGAAUUUUCAAAGAUUUUUAAUCACUUUUGUACUAACCAUGUAGAUUUUCUAAUAAAAUUAUCAAGUCUAACGACUAAAAAUCUAA